AUGGAUUCUCAACCUCCGGCGAACGAAUCCUCACCGUCAAACGUCGGAGACCUAGUUCCUCUCUAUUCCAAUUACCUCUGGAACCGCGUCACCUCAUUGCUUCCCACUUCUAACUCAAUUCUCCUCCGAAAAUUCUCAAAUCUCUAUCGCCAAACCUUCGCCACGAAAACGCGACGUAUAUCCUUCCCUCUUCCUCUCCCUUCUUCCGAGUUCCCAUGCCCCUCUACCAACGUAACGGCCGAUGCGUCGAGGAUUUACGUUGUGUUGGAGGAGAUAAUGGCUGACGUUCUCUCCAACUUGCAUGAUAUUCAGAAAAGUUUGGAUUUCUGGCAGUCUAGAGCUGAGGGCUCUAAUGCUCGAAAAGCUUACUUCAUGAUCUUUGAGAGAGGACCAGGAGCUUUUGUGAAUGAGAGUACGAACCUAGUUCGUAGAAGUCUUAGUGAGGAUUCUGCGAUUCAGCAUCUUUGUCAGUCGUCUUCGUCUCACAUGUCUGAUAGGAUGAGGGUGUUGAUGGAGUUGAGAUCUGCGCUUGCUUCCUUUCUUGCUCAGCUUUAUGUUGAAUUGGAUAAACGUGGCGAAGAUCUUUUGAAGAAUCCAGAGAAGUCAAUGCCGUCACUGUUGGCUGUUAUCAAUGGAUUGUUUUCCAACUUGGAGGGUUCGUUCAGCCAUUUACAUGCUGUGCGUGAGUCUGAUUCUUCUGUUGAUGAAAGUUACUCAAUGCCGCUAGUAUUUGAUCGACUGCCUGAAAUUAACGAAGACGGAUCUCAGUGGACUGAUUGUGAACUCACAGACGCUAUCAACCUGGUUCAUAAGAAUUUGGAAAAACUCAACUCAUAUUUAUCAGUUAUGGUAGGCAAGCAUCGAAAGCCAAGGAGAAUGACUCUGUACUGGGUCCGAUAUACAUGUGGUGCAGUUGGUCUUUCUGUUUUCUCUGUAUGGCUGCUACGUCAUAGUAGUUUGAUGGGAAGUUCUGACAUCGACAAUUGGAUUCAUGAUGCAAAAGAAGCAACAAUGAGCUUCUUCAGUGAUCACGUUGAGCAACCGCUACUUGCCAUUAGGGAUGAACUUUUUGAUACUUUCCGGAAAAGGCACAAGAGUGUAAUUGAUACUGAAGAGGUGCUGCUGACGCAAGACUCACUGCAUAGAAUGCUGAAGAAUUUUUGCGAGCAGGCUAAGCCUGAAAAAGUCCCAGAUAAUGCAUCUGAUCAGGAGAUGCUUGAAGUUGUUAUGAACCGGUAUGAAAAAGAACUUGUGCACCCUAUUCAUAACCUUCUUAACGGAGAGCUUGCACGCGGGUUGCUUAUCCAGGUCCAGAAGCUUAAACUGGAUAUAGAAACAGCGAUGCUUGAACUAGAUCAGAUACUUCGUGCAAAUGAAAUAAACUUUGCCAUUCUGGCAGCAUUACCUGCAUUCUUUCUCAGCCUUGGUAUGCUCACAUUGCUUCGGACAUGGCUUAAACAGGAUAGCAGAGCUCAAGGACGUGGAAGAAUUGCACGUAUUCACAGGAGGCUACUGGUAGUUGAAAUUGAAAAGAGAAUUAUGCAGUAUCAGAGCUACAUUGAACAAGGACGUGAUAAGGAUGCAGAAAAUGUAUUUGGUUUGCUAAUAUACAGCCUUGAGCGUUUGUACCGGGUUGUUGAGAAACCUGCAAGAACAAGCGGCGAGUGGGAUUUCGUGAAACAAGAUCUGAUCGAGUUAGGAAAGCCACAGCAGCAAACGUCGUAUAAAUUAACGGUGACGCAACGGCUAGUAAAAGUUUAUGACUGUUUGCUUCCUACUCUGAAACGACAAUAA